AGUUCAGUCCCUUCCAAACUCCACUGUCUCUCCGAUCGUGAGCCUCCACCACCUCCUUCGCCAUCACCGCCUCCACCUCCUCCUCCUCCGCGAUUGAAGUCCAUGGCUGCGCCUGGGAGUUCAAUGCUUCAUUCCUUUCUUCUCUUUGUAGCUGUGCUUUCCCUGCAAGAAAUGUACAGAGGAAAAUUAGCAUCUUCUGAGUUGUUCACUAUACUAGGAGGGUUUUCAAGUUCCCUGAUAUUUCUUUUACUGCUUACGUUCAUUGGAAAUUAUCAAGAAACUAGUGGUGUCAAGAGCGGUUGGGGUGCAGUUAUAUUUGCUGAGGCAGUUGCACUUAUCGCUGCUAGCACAGUUCAUCGAGUUUGUAUCACAACUUGCUUCUUGUUCUCCGCGGGACUACUGUAUGAAGUCAACAAGCUCUCCGUAAUGAUGCUGUCCAAGAGUGAAUCUAAAUCCAAGAGGUUUUGACAUGUAGUUUCUGAUUAAACAGGAUCUACUGCGAAAAAGUACUAAUUUUCUUUUGUAUCUUGAAAGUACUUUGGAAAUGCAUUUAGCUAUACAGCAGAAACAAUUUUCAUAUAUGAGCUAUUCACAUAACCAGCAGAUGAAACUUAGUAGACUAUUUUACACUGGUUAAUCUACUGUGGUAUUUGUAUAAGGGUAUGAUAUAAAGUUUUCUCAUCCAAAUCUCUGUUGUUACUUUCA